UCAGGCCCUGCGCCUUCCUGGGACUCGGCCCAUCAUGGCCGUGCUGCCCCCUCACUGUGCCCUUCACCCCCACCUCCCUUGGUGGUGCCGUGUGGCUGCUUUGUGCCUCCCGUCUCACUACCCUGAGGCCACGUGCCUGCCUCCAGACCUGAGGCUGCCUCCCCUCCCUGUCCCUGACCGUCUUCUCGCAGUGCCCUUUGGCCAAGUUCCCUGCCCCCAGAUCCUCAAGGCCACCGUCUCCUCUCCCUGUCUGCUGUCUCUGACAGAAGCAGGGAGCCCACACGAAUCCUGUGAGCCUUGCAAAUACAGGAUGAAAAACUCUCCUGUAAUUUGCAAGCCUGCAGGAAGGAACCAUACGAAUGGGAUUUUUGAGGCCCGAUACUUGAAGUAGUGAAAAACAAUAGAAGGUUGUGGCUGGUGUGUACAAAGCCGCAGGAGAUGGCGGGACCAUUGUUUCUGGGUUUGGGAGCACUGAGUGGUUCGAUCGUGUCAUAAUGCAGGUUUGGCAGAAUUUUCAAAUAUGAAAGGUGACAUUUUUGUAUCCGUUUUUCCAAGCUCUCUCUGGCACAGGGAUACCAGAAUGAGAGAAUCACUACAGAGAAGUACGCUAGAAGCUUGCAUUGCUGGAUUACUAAUGGUCGUGGGAAAUACUUUUGAAACUGGAAAAUCCACAGCAGGUGUCAUUUUCAUCAUUGACAACACUUGAAGGAAAAGUAACACUGAAUGGUGGAGGGGCCUGACUGAAUGGAAUCCAUCUAAUAAAACCACUGAAGCAUGUGGGAAGUCACUCAACACCUGCAGCCAAUUGCAGCCAGUGAAGUUACUUUAAAAGGCCUCCCCUAUGUAAGAAGAGGGGGAAGACAAAGAGUGACAAACCAGAAGGAGAAAGGGAGGAACAAGAAGAAGUCAUGUAUGAGGUCCAAAUAACCUAUCAAGGAAAGAAGGGUGAUUUUUACUCUCCUACAUGGGCAUCUUAUCCAAGUUACAAUCUAGCUCUAAGAAAACCAAAUCACAGCUGUUUCCACAACUAGGGAUACAGUCCAUCAUUGGAAGAAAAGAAUGAAAAGAUGGCUGACUUCUUACUGCCCUGUACUAACAAUUUUCGCAAAUUCACAUGUGAAUCCUUGGCUGCUAUCGAGAAGCAAAUUGCUGCCAAGAAAGAAUGCAUAGAUCAGCAGCCUGAAGAGAAACCUCGGCCCCAGCUUGACUUAAAGGCUUUCCAAAAGCUCCCUGCUCUCUAUGGAAAUCCUCCUCAGGAGCUAAUUGGGGAACCACUGGAGGAUCUUGACCCUUACUACAGUGAUCACAAGACAUUUAUGGUACUGAACAAAGGAAAAAUAAUCUUCCGAUUUACUGCCACACGUGCCUUAUGUAUACUUAGCCCUUUUCAUCCAAUCAGAAGAGCAGUGAUUAAAAUUUUGGUACACAAAUUGUUCACUCUGUUUAUUAUGUGCACUAUUUUAACAAAUUGUGUCUUCAUGGCUAUGUCAGAGAGUCCUAAAAAGCUUAAGACAGAUGAAUCUCCUUCAUGGAACAAAUAUGUUGAGUACAUUUUCACUGGCAUUUACACUUUUGAAUCAUUGAUAAAAAUAUUGGCAAGAGGAUUCUGUCUGAAUGAAUUCACUUUCCUUCGAGAUCCAUGGAAUUGGUUGGAUUUCAGCGUCAUUGUUAUGGCAUAUGUAGGGGAGCUUCAUGAUGUAGGCAGUGUUUCAGUCCUUCGUACAUUCAGAGUUCUGAGAGCUUUAAAAACUAUUUCAAUAGUCCCAGGACUGAAGGUCAUUGUAGGUGCACUGAUCCAGUCUGUUAAGAAACUUACUGAUGUGAUGAUCCUGACAGUUUUCUGCUUGAGUGUCUUUGCCCUCGUAGGCCUCCAGCUCUUUAAGGGCAAUUUAAGACAUAAAUGUGUCAGAAGGUUUAACUCCACCAAUGGAACUAUUACUUCAGAUGACAAGACAUGGGACUCCUAUGAUAUGUUUAUUAAUGAUACAGAAAAUUUUCUUAAGAAAAAUGGCACCAAGGACAACUUGUUGUGUGGCAAUGGCACAGAUGCUGGUCCACCUGUGACUAAUGUGAAAAGCAGAUUUCAAGUUCCAAAUGACAGCAAAAAUUUUCUUAAGAAAAAUGGCACCAAGGACAACUUGUUGUGUGGCAAUGGCACAGAUGCUGGUCCACCUGUGACUAAUGUGAAAAGCAGAUUUCAAGUUCCAAAUGACAGCAGUAAUGGGAACAAGGAUAAUGAAGAUUAUCAAUAA